AUGUUAUAUCACCCUGCUGAGGCAGCAGGAGGAGCUGGAGUGGAAGGCUGCAGACCUGGAGCACAGAGAGAAGGAGUUGCAGAACAGGGGAACCUCAACAGGUCGGACAGCUCCUUCAGUUACUUCUUCUUUGUGUUCUUCUGCCAAGUGGUGGUGUUCAUUAUCCAGUCUGUGGGCAUCACCAACUUGGGAAACAGUGGUUGGAUCACCUCGUUGUCUGCCAUCACCUCCAACAAGGCGGUGGGAGCCAUCAUGAUGUUGGUGGCCUACUUCUUCACUGCCUGUGCUGUGCUGUCAGUCAUCCUGCUGAGGAUGGUGCACAGCCAGUACAGGCGUACCGGGGCCAGCUUCCAGAAGGCCCAGCAGGAGUUCUCCCAGGGCGUGCUCACCAACAAGACCUUCCAGACGGCUGCCACCUCUGCAGUCGCCUCCGCUGCCUUCCAGGGGAACAAUUAGACCCAGGCCGGGCUAACUCAACCCCCAGAUACCCCCUUCACCUCCUCCAUCCAAUGUCCACCACCACAACACUUGUUUGGGAUGGAUCCCCUCCCCUGCUGUCACCAUCCAGUGCAGGUCCCACCAUGGAGCUCAUUUCAUAUAUGAGCUGUGGUCAUCAGACAGCAACAAAAUGGUUGCUUGAGUAGGAAACUGUACCAACUGUGUUUUUUGGGAAUUGGAAGCCUGAUGUUGUGAUGUUCUUCAGUAUGUGUUCAUGUACAUCUUUUUUUGCGAUGCUCGUAUGUGUGGAUAUUCUCUUUUAGCGGUUCUUUCUCUCUCUGUGUGUGUG